AUGUCCAAGACGCCGCCGCACGCGGGCCAGUGCGCAUGGGACUCUCCGCCGGCCAGCCAAAGGCUGCCGGUUGCCAGCGGUGCAUCCAGUGGUGGCCGCCUAGGUCGCACGGCAGGGUCCCUACAGGUUGUGCCGCGGACGCCAUCUGCAACCCUCUGGCCCUCCAUCUCGCCAGGCGCGACUGCGCCAAUGGGGGCCAGGGACGGCUUCGAAGAAGGCACGGUUCUGUCGCGGCCGAGCGAGAAGGGGGGUCUGGCGUGA